AUGAACACAACGGAAUUGACAGAUGAGGAACUCACAGAGGCCGGGUCUGGGAAGGAAACAUCAUCUGAUACUGCAGAAAAAAAUCCCUUGCCCCAGGAGACGAGUGACACAAAGAAGGAACUGAAGACACUCCCACCAGGCCUCAAGUAUGCUUACUUGGAAGAGAAUGAGACAUUCCCAGUAAUAGUCAACAGUAACUUGACCGAGGAACAGGAAAAGGAAUUGUUGGAAGUGAUCAGGCGAAACAAGGAAGCAAUAGGGUGGACCCUCUCGGAUUUAGUAGGAAUCAGCCCUGAUCUCUGUAUGCACCACAUCCGUCUAGAAGAAGGUGCAAAGGCUCACCGAGAUGCACAACGAAAACUGAAUCCGAACAUGCGGGAGGAAGUUCUGAAAGAGGUUGUCAAGAAUGAUAAGAACGAAUUGGUACCCACUAGGCUGGUGACGGGGUGGAGGAUGUGCAUCGACUACAGGAAGCUGAAUGAGGCCACAAAGAAGGAUCACUUCCCCCUACCUUUCAUUGAUCAGAUGUUAGAAAGAUUGGCUGGCAAACAGUAUUUUUGUUUCCUUGAUGGAUACAGUGGCUAUUUCCAGAUCUACGUUAACCCAGAGGACCAAGGGAAAACCACGUUCACGUGCCCCUUUGGUACAUAUGCAUACCGAAGAAUGCCGUUUGGAUUGUGUAAUGCACCAGGAACGUUCCAGCGCCUUGAUCUAGUGUUGAAGAGAUGCCAAGAGAAGCACUUAGUUCUGAAUUUCGAAAAGUGCCACUUCAUGGUGACGGAAGGUAUUGUUCUGGGUCACGUGGUUUCCGAAAGAGGAAUACAAGUAGACAAAGCAAAGGUAGAUGUGAUAUCAAGGUUACCUUACCCCACGAACCAAAAAGAAGUUAGAGGCUUCCUGGGUCAUGCGGGUUUUUAUAGGAGGUUUAUCAAGGAUUUCGCGAAAAUCGCACAACCGCUCACUCAUUUGUUGCACAACGAUGUGGAAUUCGUCUUUGACGAAGGAUGCAAGAAGGCUUUUCAGUUGCUCAAAGACAGACUCGUGUCAGCACCAAUAAUCAGGGCGCCAGAUUGGAAUCACCCUUUUGAGAUAAUGUGCGACGCGAGUGAUUUCGCUGUGGGAGCCGUCCUAGGGCAGAAGAUUGACGGAAAGAAUUAUGUGAUCUUCUAUGCAUCCAAGACUCUAAAUCAAGCUCAGAAGAACUAUGAUACCACGGAGAAGGAAAUGUUGGCUGUCGUUUACUCGUUCGAAAAAUUUCGACCUUAUCUUCUUGGGUCGAGGGAGUUUGAUUGGGAAGUGAGAGACAAAAGAGGAACAGAGAAUCGAGUAGCUGAUCACUUGAGCAGAAUUCAUCAAGGGGAAACAGAAGAGGCCAUACCGGAUGCUUUCCCUGAAGAGCAUUUGUAUUAUUUAGGGGAUUUUCCUAGACGGAUCAGUUGGGAGGCAGUUCUGGCAUUAACCGGUCUAGGAGAUUCCGACAAAGGGAAGCGAACGCUGAACACAGAGCCGUGGUUUGCUGACUUAGCUAAUUACUUGGUCACGGGAGAGUCUAAUGGCCAAGCGGAAAUUUCUAACCGCGAAAUCAAGGUAAUAUUGGAGAAGACAGUUAAUCCGUCAAGGAAGGACUGGAGCAAGAGGCUCGGUGACGCAUUAUGGGCCUACAGAACUGCUUUUAAGACGCCUAUUGGAAUGUCGCCUUACAGGCUUGUGUUUGGCAAGAUGUGCCACUUACCCGUGGGUAUCGAGCACAAGGCGUACUGGGCAGUAAAAGAGUUGAACAUGAAGCCUUCGGCUUGUGAAGAAGAAAGGAAAUUACAGUUACAAGAACUGGAGGAACUGAGGCUGGAGUCGUAUGAGUCUGCCAUGUGUGGAGGAAGUGCCACUACGCGCACUCUCUACUAUCACCUAGACAGACGAGGAGGUAUUCUCGAUGAAUUCCUGGGUCAGGGUCAUGGUCAGGGAAGUCAGCUAGGGAAGGAGAGCCUGGAGGAAGAAGUCAAGGAGAGCCUGGAGGAAGAGGUCAAGGAGGGAUGGAGAUAA